GGUCUCGGGCCGCGGCUCUCGGCGCCGGAGGUUGGAAGAGCGCGGGUCGCCGGCGCCCGAGGGCCGGGCGCAAGAGGAGCGGAGGAAGGAGCGCUCGCCGCCCGCCGCCCGGCUGCUCCCCGGCUCCUAGGUUUGCUGGCUGCUCCUCCCACCCGCGCCAGCCUCCUGCUCACUCGCUCGCUCGCUCUCUGGAGCUGGUUUCCGAGCCCCGCGGUGCGUCCGGGCGAGUGCGGGCCGAGGGGCCCCGGCCAGCGCCGAGCAGAGGGCGGGGGUCCGGGCAGAGUGCAGCCGGCCGGGGAGUGGCCAUGUCUGGCGCGGGCGCAGCGGGGCCAGUGUGCAGCAAGUGACCGAGCGGCGCGGACCGCUGCCUGCCCCUCUCUGCCACCUGGGGCGGCGCGGGCCCGGGAGCCCGGAGCCCGGAGCCCGGAGCCCGGAGCCCACCUCGCGCGUAAAGCCGGCGCGAUGCACGUGCGCUCGCUGCGCGCCGCGGCGCCGCGCAGCUUGGUUGCGCUCUGGGCGCCCCUGCUCCUGCUGCGCUCCGCCCUAGGCGACUUCAGCCUGGACAACGAGGUGCACUCGAGUUUCAUCCACCGGCGCCUCCGCAGUCAGGAGCGGCGGGAGAUGCAGCGCGAGAUCCUCUCCAUCUUGGGCUUGCCGCACCGCCCGCGCCCCCACCUCCAGGGCAAGCACAACUCCGCGCCCAUGUUCAUGCUGGACCUGUACAAUGCCAUGGCGGUGGAGGAGGCCGGCGGGCCCGACGGCCAGGGCUUCUCCUACCCGUACAAGGCCGUCUUCAGCACCCAGGGCCCCCCGCUGGCCAGCCUGCAAGACAGCCACUUCCUCACCGACGCGGACAUGGUCAUGAGCUUCGUCAACCUCGUGGAACAUGACAAAGAGUUCUUCCACCCGCGCUACCACCAUCGGGAGUUCCGGUUCGAUGUAUCCAAGAUCCCGGAAGGGGAAGCUGUGACUGCAGCCGAAUUCCGGAUCUAUAAGGACUACAUCCGGGAACGCUUUGAUAACGAGACCUUCCGGAUCAGCGUCUACCAGGUGCUUCAGGAGCACCUGAGCAGGGAGUCGGACCUCUUCCUUCUUGACAGCCGUACCCUCUGGGCGUCUGAGGAGGGCUGGCUCGUAUUCGACAUCACAGCCACGAGCAACCACUGGGUGGUCAACCCCCGACACAACCUGGGCCUGCAGCUUUCAGUGGAGACUCUGGAUGGGCAGAGCGUCAACCCCAAGCUGGCAGGCCUGAUCGGGCGCCACGGGCCCCAGAACAAGCAGCCCUUCAUGGUGGCCUUCUUCAAGGCCACGGAGGUGCACUUCCGCAGCGUGCGCUCCACGGCAGGCAAGCAGCGCAGCCAGAACCGUUCCAAGACGCCCAAGAACCAGGAGGCGCUGAGGAUGGCCAGCGUGGCAGAAAACAGCAGCAGCGACCAGCGACAGGCCUGCAAGAAGCAUGAGCUGUACGUCAGCUUCCGAGACCUGGGCUGGCAGGACUGGAUCAUCGCGCCCGAAGGCUACGCUGCCUACUACUGUGAGGGAGAGUGCGCGUUCCCUCUGAACUCCUACAUGAACGCCACCAACCAUGCCAUCGUGCAGACGCUGGUCCACUUCAUCAACCCGGACACAGUGCCCAAGCCCUGCUGUGCCCCAACCCAGCUCAAUGCCAUCUCCGUCCUCUACUUCGACGACAGCUCCAAUGUCAUCCUGAAGAAGUACAGAAACAUGGUGGUCCGGGCCUGCGGCUGCCACUAGCCCCCCACGGAAGUCCCACCCUUUGGGGCCACGUUCACCCAGAGCUGCGGAGCUGUGGUGUGGCACUGCCUGGCGCCAGCAUCGCCCACCUUGGCAGGGACCAGUGGACCAGCCACCUUUCGUGAGGCUCCCCCUCCGUCCCCGGCUUUACAGGUCUAAGAAUAUUAGGGAUUUGAGCACCAAGUGGCUUUGGAUCCAUUUCUCAUCAGUGACAUCCUAAGGAGAAGAUCCUACCAGCUACUCCGGGCAAAACCUAGCAGGAAACAGCUCUGUGAGGGGAGGUGGCCCGGUCGCGGUCAUGGGCUGUACUGUCCCCGCCAGGCCCUGACUUCUGGAGGUGAUAAGGGCGCCUUUCAGCCAGCAGCCAGCCCCGGGCUGCAGGAGAAGGGGAGGGGACGCUCGUGGCCAGGGUGGGCGCCUGUGUCUGCGCUGAAGGGAGUCUGAUGCAGAAUUUCUUGUAAUAAAUGUUGCAAUAAAACCGAUGAAUGAAAAUGGU